UCAAAAUAAAUGUUUAAAAGUAGCUAAAUUUGUUGCUAGGUUCUGUUUGAAAAAAAAAAGUUCCCAGGCUAGUCUGAAAAGUUCCUAAAUCUAGCAACCAACUUGCUAAAUUGGCAUCAUUGCACCAAGGGUAACUGCAGCUCAAUAUGGCAACUGGAGUAUGGACGAGUGGGUGUGUCGAAAGGAGUGGGUGUAUGGAAAGCGAAUCAGCUAAUUGGGCAGGUUUGUUGCCACACAAGAACGUUUUGCGUGGCUGAUUGGAGUGCACAAUGAGUCGAUAAGUCUGCAAUGGUGUUGUAUUGGCCUGCCUGCCGACUUGAAAUACUUCUUACUGGCUAUCACGGUCAUGUCGCUGCUGUAGCUAAAGUGGCAUUUAACAAAUAAAAAAUAAACGUAUACUAAUGCAAAUCCAUAUGUGAUAUGGGGUUAUGUUUAUGCUACCUACCCUUAAAAAAAGAUAAUAAGUGAGGGGAGUGAGCUAAAAAACUAAGUUGAACCCCUUAAAAAAAAAUACUAUCCAACCUUAGUUCAACACCUAGCGACCUCACCAAGCGAUUUUUUUUUUGCCUUUUGGUAUAAUUGUUUUGGAAUGACAGUCACAGAAACCUGGGCUCGAGUCUCAGUCAGGGUACUCCCCUAAUUAACUAAAUUGGUGUCAGGUGCUGGAUAGCACCACAUUUGGGCCCUAUGGGCCCUGGUCAAAAAUGGGGCACUAUAUAGGGAAUAAGGUGACAUUUGGGAUGCAGAAAAGUAAGGGAGCUAGUUACAGUCAUCUAAGAAUUACGAUUGAAUCCUAAUGGAUUUGUAGCAGAUGUAGUUGUCUAGAAUUCUGUUCUCUGUUGGUGACCUUUAGUUUACCUUUAGUUCACCCCUGUAUGCUCCUCUGAUAAGGGCACAGAAAGAAGAAAAUAGUAUUUUGUAACAACACAGUCUGUGUGAGAAAAGGAGUAACCAUUAACCUGUGAAUGAUCAUUAGCUUGUGGUUUGUUUGAUUUACGUGCUGUGUGACUUGUCUCCAGUUCCUUUAUAAGCUAACCCCCUCUGUUUGAUUAAUGGGAAAGUGGCAGUUCACACCUUGCCUUCCUAUUAGCAUUAUCUCUUUCAGUCAGGUUUAUUCCCCACCUGUCAGUAAAUGACCACACACAAUCAAACUUGAAACACACACACAUUCACAUACCCUUCAGCAAUUCAAGGUUCCAAUGACUUGCUUUAUUUUCUGUUCUUUGACACAAUGUACCAUUUUGCAGGUGGCUAAUUUCUUGGAGAGAGUGGUGCGGACGUUUGACGGAAUGUACAAGAGCCCGGUGGCCAUGGUGGCACAUCUCUACAACUUCCAGGUGGUGCACGCCCUCCUCACCUUUGACAUCCUGAAGAUGCUGGUUGGGGCCUUCACCAAAAAGGACAUUGAGCUGGUUCUGUUCAUGCUGAAAAAUGUAGYCUUCGCCCUGCGGAAGGAUGAUGGCGUGGCUCUGAAAGAGCUCAUCUCUGGGGCCCAGCGCAAAGCCAGCGGUGUGAGCACCAAGUUUCAGGAUGAAAACAGGGUGCGCUUCAUGCUGGAGACCAUGUUGGCUCUGAAGAACAACGAUAUGAGGAAAAUCCCGGUCCAUGACCCAGAGCCUGUUGAAGUGCAAAAGCUACAGAGAACUCUGAUCUACCAGAGUUCAGGGGCCAGUGAUGUGAAGCUGAGGGUCUCUUUAGAGAACCUCUUGGCUGCAGAGCAGGUGGGCUGCUGGUGGAUCGUGGGCUCAUCGUGGAGCAGAGCACCCAUGAUAGGUGACCAGGGCAACAUGACAUCAAAACAGACAACUGCCGAAGGAAAGUUCAGCUUAAAGAUCUUAGACCUGGCCUGGAAACGGAGAAUGAAAGACAUAAGGAGAAAUAUCUUCUGCGUCAUCAUGACCAGCGAUGAUUACCUGGAUGCCUUUGAGAAGCUGAUACGGAUGGGGCUAAAGGACCAGCAGGAUAGAGAGAUUGUCCACCUGCUGAUGGAUUGUUGCCUCCAGGAGAAGAGAUUCAAUGCCUUCUAUGCUGUACUGGGAGAUAAGUUCUGUGAGCAUGACAGGCGGUUCCAGGAUUUCGGGAAUUCCCAAGCUAGGAAUGCUGCGGGAGGGCUUGAAGCUGUUCAUCAGUCACUUCCUACUGAAGAAUGCCCAGCCCCAGGGACCAGCUGAGCAAACAGGCCUUCUGUCAGAGCGAGCCGAGGUCGCCACCAAGGCCAUGGAGGCCAAAGAAACCAAACUCAAACUGUAAAACACACACAGACACGUUCGGACUGGGAGAAUGCCAGGAGAACAAAAGAGACCUGUUUGGAGAAAAUUUUCUUUAUUACAAAGAACAAACCCAUCAAUUUAAUUUCAAGACUGAAGCAAUGCUGUUUUGUUUGAAUUCAUUCAAAUUGAAUUCGUUGUCAUAAUGGAAAUUGCCUUUGUCUAUAUAUUUGUACAGAAUGCCAAGUUAUUCUGUUUUUACCAUGUAACAAUGGUAUGCAGUCUACUAAAAUGCAUGUUUCAGAUGAAUAGACGAUUAAUAAUGUAAACAUUUGAGAUGUGCAUAAGGGGAAAUAAUAAACAUUUGCAUACUGAA